CUAGAGGCUUUCCUCCUUUCUCACUCCCUUUCGGAGUGAUUUUCGUUACAUCGUGUGUCGUUUUUGUACCCUCUUAUUCGAAGCAGUUUUGACUGAAAAGAAUCAGAAUUGAGUUAAUUUCAUCUCAAUAAAAACCAUUCAGUGAUUCAAAUCCCGCGGAAACAGAGGAAAUGAAAUUCUGGUAUUCCACGAAUUGGGCCGAUUUUGCAGUGUCAUUUUCUGUAAUGAUGAAAAAGCUGGUCGUCUUUAUACUUUCACUGUCCGUCAUCGCCAUUGCUCAAACAAUUUCAGAGGUUAACUCAUUUGCUGCUCCCUUCAAGAAUUACGGUUGGGCAGGAAACCGUAAAAUUAAGGGAUGGACUUGUGGAGGAGAUGCUUCUAUAAAGGAGUACUUUGUGCGACUUACACCUGAUCGCCAAAGUAAGUCUGGGUUUUGCUGGAACGAUAAGCCAUUAAACAGCAACAAAUGGUUAACCACUGUCAAGUUUAGAAUUAGUGGCCAAGGAGAGACGUUGUUCGGUGAUGGGAUGACGAUUUUCUUCACAACUCAGAAUGUCCACACUGCUGGUCCGAUGCACGGUUCGAACGACAAAUUCAUCGGCUUUUCCGUCGAUCUUAGCACCUACCGCAAUCCGGAGUACUACCGUUUCCACCGUGAUAUAAGCCUCUACGUGGGCAACAACACGAGCGAGAGCGCCUACUACCCCGAUCGCGAGCAUGAGGGUUGUUUCUCCAGCUACCGUUUCUACGAAAAGCGUCAAGAUUUCUCCGUGGAAAACGCAGCUCGCAUCCAGAUCUCCUACGACGGCGAUCUGCAGCGCGUGGUGGUUCGCUCGGACCACAACAACCGCGGUUAUUACGACGACUGUUUCUCCGCGAAGGUGGAUCUCCCCGCGGAAUGGUGGCGCAACGCGUACAUCGGAGUGAGCGCGUCGACGGGCGACCUAGCGGACAACCACGACGUGCUGGAGAUUUCGACGGUGGUGGGCGUCUCGAGCCUGGAGAACGAGGAAGCGAUCACGCAGAAGGAGCGCGAAGACGCGUUCCGCGCGACGCUGGCGGGGCUGCUGAAGGAGGAGGGGCUGGAAGCGGAGAAGCUGAACCCCGCGGAGCUGGCGCUGGCGUCGCUGGUGAAGGCGCUGAGCGACGCGGAGCUGGAUGAGCUGGAGAAACUGAAGCGCGAGCUGGAGCACUCCAUGUCUUGUAGGGAAGGUGGAAACGUGGAAACGUAG